AUGUCGAAGACGCUUUCUCGCGUUGUCUUUGUAGGCAACAUCCCUUACGGUCUCUCCGAGGAACAGAUCACCGAUAUUUUUAGCAGCGCUGGCAAAGUCAUCAACUUCCGUCUUGUCUACGACCGCGAGACAGGAAGACCAAAGGGCUUCGGAUUUGCCGAAUACCCCGACCACGACUCUGCCGCUUCAGCAGUUCGAAACCUGAAUGAUUACGAGACGAUGGGUCGCAAGUUGAGGGUUGACUUCUCUAACGAAGGAGGUACCGACGACAAUGAUUUCAACCAAGGUCGCGAUGGUCUCAGCUUCGGUGCCCCGAACACCUAUGGCCAAGCAGCACCUGCCGCUCCACAAGCCAGCACCCUUCCUCCGCUUCCUCCUGGCAAGGAACUGCCCGCCAACAUUACCGCGACCGACGCCAUCUCUCGCACGCUCAACACGCUCCCUCCUUCGCAGCUUCUUGAUAUUCUGACACAAAUGAAAGCCUUGGCUUCCAACGAUCCGGCCCGCGCAACGGAGCUUCUUCAACAGGCUCCCCAGCUGUCCUACGCCGUCUUCCAGGCCCUUCUCCUUAUGGGCCUUGUCUCGCCAGAGGCAAUUCAUAGUGUCCUCGAGCCCGGCAGCGGCGUGCCAGCGCCUCAGGCUCCUCCGGCCGGUUUCCCACCCCAGGGCGUACCUGGAUACCCGCCCGCCGGCGCGACCAACACUCCGCCUGUUGCGGCGACACCCUAUCCUGCGCCACCGCAACCAGUGUACGGCGCUCCCGCUCCCGCGCCUGCGCCUGCGCUGGGCCAUGACACAGACGCACUCAUGAGGCAGGUCAUGGAACUCCCAAUCGAGACAAUCAAUACUUUGCCUGAAGCGGAGCGCGCCCAGAUCAUGGCGUUGCGCGCACAGUUCCAGCAACAGAGGCGCUAG